AUGUUCUCAAACUCCUCCUCAUCACCAUUCUUCGGACAUGGGUUGUAUGAUGGAGGCCAAUACGGCAUGAUCAGUGCUCGCACUCAGCCGUUUCAAAGAGAGCUGGAGGAGGCGAGAAUGGAGAACACUAGGUUGAAUAGACUCUUGCAGGAGUGUGAACAGGAAAUGGUCCAAAUGAACAACCAAAGACUGCGAGAACUAGAAGACAUGAAACUGAGGCAUGGUAUCGAGAUAAGGGAACUGGCUCAGGAGAAGGAUACACUUCUGGCGCAAAUCGAGGCCACUCGCCGAACCAAUGAUGAUGAUGGCAAACACCUUCGAAUGGAAAUACGGGAACGGCAAGAAGAGAUAGACAGACUGCAAGCAGAAAUGCAAGAGCUCGUUGAUGAGAACACUCUCUUGAGGGCCAAAACCGAUGAGAAUAACAGUCUGGGUGCAGCCAAGAGUAAGGUCAGCUCCCGGUACUCUGAAGAUGACCUCGUGAGAGUGGAGGAGUUGGAGGCAGCGCUGGAAGGAGCACGAGAGGAGAUACUCAAUUUACGUGAAAAGAAUGAGAUGCUUGAGGAUGUCCUCGAAGAGAAGAACGUACAGAUCGUUGCCCUCACUAAAUUCGAACGAGAAGUGGACGCCCAGAUAAGGCAGCAUUUGGCUGAGCGUGAUGAGAAGUUAUCCGAGUUAGAACUCCAUAACACUAUGCUAUGUGGGAAGCUAGCUGUACUCGAGGAGGAGAGACAUGCUGGCGGGGCCACCAAUGAACUGAAGAUGCUCUUGAGGGAGCGUGAGAUGGAAAUUGAAGCACUAGAUACUCAUGCUGCAAUCAAAGGCUUACAGACGGAGCUGCAGAACAGAGAUGAUGAACUUAUUCGUCUGCAAAGGAAGGCACUUGGCGACGUGGACGAAUUCGCAAGGGGUUUCUCAUCACCUGAUGCCCUCAAGAAGAUAGACGAGCUUGAGAGGUCCCUGCGUGAGAAGGAAAGAAACCUCACAGCAUCGCGUGUCGAGCUGAGUACAUAUUUGUCUGAAGUUGAGGACAUAUUGCAAGAGAAUCGCUAUUUACGCCAAGUCGCGGAAGUCCCUCUGGACAAGCUUAUUGAUUUGACUGAUAUGAAGAUCGCUGAGCGUUUGAGCUGCUCUCGGGCGAUUGCACAACUUAGGGUACUCGAACAGAGAGAACUUGAAUGGGAUCAUGAGAGGGUUAAGCUACGCAGGAAAAUACUUGAGCUCUCACAGAUGGUCGCAGAGAAAGGUGUUAUGUGCCAUGGCUUAGACGCUGAUAAGCUCAUCUAUCUACAGGAAUUCGCGAAGUCCCUCCGUGAAGGGUCCAUUCUCCCACCGCGGGAUGACUCCCAUCCUAUUGACCACAGUAUGCUCUAUGAAGAAGAGAUUAGUAAAUUGAAGUCUGAGGUGUUGAGGCUUCAACAGCGCCUGGCUCGCUGUGAUGAAGUUCCUAAGCUCACUACAGAAGCCAAAGAAUGGAAUCCAUCUGCUAUUGACUCAAUCUCGGCCGCUGUGGGUUAA